AUGGACUCAGCAGCAUCACCAUCAUCACCAUUCCUCACCAAUAGCACCAUCAACACCGUUCCUCACCAUCAUCACCAUCAACACCGUUCCUCACCAGCAUCACCAGUCAUCACCAUAGGUCAGAUGACGUUGAUCGGUAUCGAUCGGUAGGU